AAAAAAAAUCGUCUCACUUAACUCGCAUAUUAACGACAAUAAAAACGUGAGGCGCUUUCUUUCGAACAUUUAUGGCGUUACGUCAGUUACGUUAUUGAUGUUACCAUGGUGAUGGCGACGCAAACAGUUCGGACGGCAAACAGAUGGGGGGAAAAAAGUCCAGUAAUAUUGCGUUGACAUCCGUACAACUACAUUAAGGAAAACUAUGCAUUACAGGUGUCAAUCAUGGCAGAAGGUUGCGUUCAAGUCACUCCGCCAUUUGUUGAGUUCAAAGACGUGCAAGUGGGCCAGGUUUACAAGACUGGUAUCACGGCCACUAAUGCUGGUAGAACCAUGAAGGAAAUAUGGUUUGAAAGGCCCAAACGAAAGAUUUUCAAAUUCUCAGCACCCAGAGGUGCAAGGAAUAUAGCUCCGGGUUUGUCUGUGAGUGGCGUGCUGGAGUUCACCCCACAGAGGGAGGAGAAGAUCACAGACUGCAUCAACAUUCAUAUAGAUGUCGUACAAACCAUCGAAGUGCCUGUCCGGGUUUUCCCAAGGGCUUGCGCCUUGUUCAUGGACUUGGAGUUGGACUUUGGCUUUCUUUCCGCCAGCGGUCAGAUGAUUAGUCGACAGAUUCCCAUAAGCAAUCAAGGCUCAGCAUCAGGUGUAUUCCAAGUACUUCACAGUGGAGACACUUUUGUCAGACUCUCACCCGGCACUGGAGUUAUCGCGGCUGGUGCCACCAAGUGGCUCAAUGUUGAACUGCAUGCUGACAAACCCAGACACGUAAACGAGAAGGCGAUGGUGAAGCUCCAAAACCAGGCUCCUGUAGUUCUCAGUAUAAGGGCUCAGGUGGUGGACCAGCGUCUUGAGGUCUUGGACACAAAGGGAGUCUCGCUAUCCUGUCUGUGGUUCGGACCCGUCUACUUUGGGACAUCUCGUGUGGAGCGUGUGGUCUUGAACAACAACGGACCCGACGCAUGUGACUGGGUUUGCCUGCUGAAGAGUUCUGCUGCUGGUACCGAACUAGGAGGAAAUCUUGACAAGAGCACAGACGCCGCCCUGCUGGCUAGAAUGGAGCAGUGCAGUCCAGACGCCGCCAUCCAAUGUUCCGUAUUACAGUGUAUUCCAAACCAAGGCCACCUGGGUCCAUAUAAGAAAACUACAGUGGCUGUACGCUUCAGUCCCAUUGCCCACAGAUUACAUCCCAAAAAGCGUGGUGACCAAGUAAGCCGGCAGGACUAUUGUCUUUUUCUGCACUUCGACACAGUUGAAAGUAAACAUGGCUUCACUCACCCAAACGGAAACAGCAUUGUGGAGUUAGCGGUGACAGGUUCGGGGCUGCCCGUGGCUCUGCUUCCAAGUCCGUCAGAUAGCUUCGACUUCUCCACUUGCAACGUGGGCCAUCGCACGGAGCGCCUUUGCGUGCUGCAGAACCUAUGCCCCCAUCUUUCUGUCAACUUCCGCUUUCGGAGGUUAGCGCAUUUUGGCACUGAGCCCUCCUCCGGCACCAUCGCCCCUGGGCAGCAUCAGGAAAUAGUUUUGUAUUUCAGCGCACGACAGCAGGGGAAGUUCCAAAUGUGUCAGAAACUUGAUGUUUUGGGAUACGUCAUUCCCAGAGGGAAUAAAGGCGGCAGUGAGGAUGAUGCUGAGCUCAAGUUUGGCAGCUUCUACACCCUCGCUCUAUAUUUAUCAGCUACCUGCAAACUUGAGAUGAUACCGGCUUUGCCUAAAUUAAAUCCUGGUAUCACACCAGAAGUGACAAAUCCCAUCGGUUCACGUCCUCACGUUACAUCCAGCGAGCUGCCCCACUGCUACGGCAUGGUGCGUGCUGCCGUGCUCAACGCCUGCAAGACAUCCUUCCACAUGCAUCGCAGAAAGAAAGGUCAGAGUUCACCUGGUGAGGUUUUUAUGGCUUUACCUAACGAUCGAGCCAGCAGCAUCCGCCCGUCCUCGCCACAAAAACAAUACAGGACCAUCUUCACCGGAGUACACCGGUAUAGUUAUGUGGAUUCAGACUAUGCCUUUACUUGGAAGGAGUUGGCGCAAAGACAGAAACAUCGACAGGGUUACGCCGAUUUCUUCAGGCAACUCAGAGAAGCACGCCUGCAGAAGAUCAAGACCAAACAGGAUAUACAAGAGGACAACUUUGGGCUUAUAUCCUCUCAAGGCCUUGUACCGCCCAAGAUUCUCCUGAGUGACAUAGACGCCAAUCAGAAGUCCAAGAGGAGGCCAAAGCAUGCUUCCUUUGGGCCGUCCCAUGGCAUGAUGCCCGGCAUUGGGCAGCUGUCAGAGGAAUCGCAUGCAGUUCCAGCUACUAGCCAGGAGGUAGCAGACUGUGACAGGACUUUGACAGCUCAGGAGCUUUACCAGGUUGUCAUCGGUCCAGCAUUGGUGGAUUUCGGCGAAGUGUGUGUGGAUUCUGUGUGUGUGCAGAACCUGGAGCUGAUCAAUCAUCUGUCAGUGUUUGUGAGGGUCCAGUUGGAGGUGGACUGCCCCGAGCUGCAAGGAUCAUCCCCAUUGUCUCAUGUGCUCCCACCGUGGUCCCGUAACCAAAUACCACUCACCUUUCAAAGCCAAGGGCUGGGUCGUUUCUACAGACCUGUGACCUACUCAGUGAAUCAGCAACAUCCUGGUCAGAUUCUGGUCAAAGCCCAGGUUGUCCGAAAUUACCUGGAACUGUCCACCCACCUGCUGAUACUGGGUCCCACCCGGAACCUGCUGGCCUCAUCAGGCUACAGGAGCUGGAUUACCCUUCGGAACCCACGUAACCAAUCAGCUGAAUUCACAUGGUGCCCCAUUGUUCCAGAGAGCGGCAUCCUCUUCUCCAUUCGACCUGCCACAGGUACAGUGGAGGCAUACAGGGAACUAGAAUGUGAGGUGGUGUGGCACAGCUCUUUCUCAUCCCCUCAGGAAGGAGACUUUGACCUCUUUGUCAUUGAUGGCAACAUUCAACGCCUUCACUGCAUUGCUGAGAUUGGAACCACAAGCGUCGAGCAAUCAGAGGACCGGCUGAUGUUUGAAUCCGUGCCUCUCAAUAUGCCUUCUAUUCGAACGGCAAUCUUACACAAUAAAGGAAAUAACCAUGCAUACUACAGAGUCCUUGAUGUGUGUCCUCUGCCAUGCAUGCUAGUCAGCCCGUGCGAGGGUGUCGUGCCCAGUCGGGGAAAGACUGUCCUGAAGAUCCAACUCAACCCCGAUUCUGUCAUCAAGUUUGACACUCGCAUUGAGAUAGCCAUCAGGAACAUGAAGUCCAUUUUGUUCCGUGUUGGUGGAUCAGUGGAGGCUCCCAAUGUUGACGUCAGCGUGUCAUUGUUCCAAUUCCACGGCAUCCAUGUUGGCUCUCAGAGAGUGGCGCCCUUCAAGCUGACGAAUCGCUCAUCGGCUGCUGCUCGGAUCACCUUCGACCUGUCGCAAUACACCGACUUCACUCUGCGUCUUCCUCAGUCCCCUGCAAAAAAGACGCUGACUCACGGUGUGAGUGUUCUGGAGCUACAAGGUCACCAAACAGUCAGCUGUUCUCUUGUCCUCUCCCCUACCGAGCCGGCCGAGUACGACUUUUACCUGCCGUUGACUGUGAGUGGAAUGAUGUGGCCUGUUGGUUCCCCGCCGCCUUCCCCCUCGUCCGUCUCCACCUUUUUAUCAUCAGGAUGCAGCAAGACCAUUGUGAGAGUGCUGCCUUGGUCCGUCGGCAUGAAAACACAACAACCACGGAUACAAGCCACAGUGCUGUGUGCCCCAUUGGAAUUGUCCCCAUCAAGUCUCCAGUUCCUGGUGGGGCCUGCUCAGCAACAGCCUCACUAUUAUACAAAGACAUUGAAGCUGCAAGCGGCGUGCGAAGACAGCGUCGCUUGGAUCAACAUCCACGGGAAGCGCUUAGGCUGGCGGUUGGAGUGCACUGAAAUGACAUCGCCACCGGACGAAAUCGCGGAGGGCCAGCCUCGUCUGUUUGUGUUUCCAUCAUCGGGUUGCCUUGCGCCUGGCCAGGAAAUCUGCUUGGCAGUUAGCAUCAUGCCCGAGACUACCCCAACUUGUGCAGUGAAGAGACUUACCCUCAGUUUUUAUCUGGGAGACACCGAAAGCGAGAUGCGUGAGCCGUACAAAGAGCUGCCAAUCACAGUUGUCCGCCAGCUGCCCAAUGUUACCAUCACGCCCUCCCAACUGCUCCUGACCCCAGUCCCCCUGGAAAGCAGCAUCACAGCCAGACUCAACCUACUGCUGUCAGGAUAUACAAGUGGAACCAGUUUAUCAGCAGAUGUGGAUGAGGUGGAACUUUUGGAUGGAACCAAGGUGCAGCCAAUCUGUGUCACCUUCCCCGAGGGCAACACCAUCCCCGCUCAGGACAAGGCAGCCGCCGUGACUUCGCUGAUCUGCAGAGUGUCUUUCUUUUCUACCGUCUCUCUUUCCAUUUGCACAAGCGUCACCUUCACUGACCACCUGAACAACAGGUUUAAAAUGAAGCUGUGUGCUACAAGUGACAACAGUUUGUUGACUGUGUGGCCCCAAAUGGCUCUUCAACGCUCCAUGCAACAGAUAGUUCUUCGGGCCGGAGCCACAAUUAUUGAACCCAUCUCACAUCACACGCCGAGUCUUGCCUCUGGCCCGACGUCCUCCUCCUCACCGUUUGAACUCAGUGGCUCAACACUUAAGGACUCGUCAUCAGACUCCUUUCCACAAAGUGAGAGCGGGAGUCAGGUCAGCAGCCAAAGUUGUCUGAACAUAGACACCCCACGGCCUGAUAUUGGACUCCCACAAUUCCCUUCUUCAACCUCACCAGAGGGCCAAUAUUACCAGGACGUCUUAUUAGCCCUGGAGAGGUGGUUUAGCCUCUUUGGCUGGCCGAGUGGGACGCAUCCCAUCUCCAUACCGCACACGCUCAGAAGAACGGUGUCCAAAGUUGAGCUGAGUCACACCGUCGGACUGACGAAACGUGUCAACAUAAGUAAAGACACCAGGUCUACAGUGGAGAUGAUUCAUUAUCUGGCCGGAAGACGGAUUCCCGAUGUUCCUCAUUGUCAGACCUUUUCCACGGAUAUAAACCGGCGUACUCAGCAGCUGCUCCACCAACAUGGGGUCAUACUUGCUUUUCUCAGAGUCCAGGGAGCUUGUUUAGGUCACAUCCGAGCUGAGUACCUACUUGAUGUGGCCGAGUUCAACUACUGGUGCUCCUUGCAGUCUAAUAUGGAAGAACCUGGUGUGGACUACCGCUGUGUCAACUAUGAGUCUCUGAGCAAACGAUGCUGGACUGAAAUGCUGCUGCAGAUCUACAAGGUUUUGGUGUUGUCACGCGUUUCGGAGAGCAGUCUAAAUGUACAUCGGCAGAGAUGUCGUGCAGACGACGACAGUAUCCUGAACAUCCACUCACUCCCUAGUAACCUCUACUCUCGCCAUGAACUCCAGCUGCUCUCGUGGCUCAACCUGCACUAUCGGUGCAUGAGGGAUACAGUGUGGGCUUCAGGCUGUGUCCCACCAGUGCGCUGGAUCGUCAAUUUUGACUUGGACUUGACGGAUGGACUGGUGCUAGCUGCUGCGCUCGCCGCCUACUGCCCAUACCUGAUCUUGAGCCACUUUCAAAGGAUGUACACAACAACGUCCACCCUGGAGCAGAUUCUGCACAACAACAUCAUUGUGAUCCAGGCCUUAACCACACUUUCUCUCAACAUGGAUCUGCAGCCCACAGACUUAUCGGAUCCCAACCCUGUGCAAAUGUUGAUGCUGUGUGUGCAUUUAUAUGAGAGGCUGCCGCAAUACCGGCCCGUAAACACCAUCACUCUCACUGGAAGCCUGCACAGCAAUCUGAGCAAGCAGGUGCAAUUGACAAACCCCUCUACUUGCGUUGUCAAAUACCGGGCAUUUUUUCUCGGAGUGGAUGCAUGUCUGUUUUCUCUGCCUGGUGGUCCCACAGUCACCAUUCCUUCAAAGACAAGCACGGAAGUGACAAUCCAGCACUACUGCUCCUCCCUGCAAACGAAGGAAGCCGUCCUUCUGCUCAUCUCACCCUCAGCUUCUGGCCGGCAUGGCGCCACUUUGGUCUUCAACGUGAACAUCCACGUCAGCCAAAUCAAACCCACAAAAAGUGUCACAUGCAUAUCUCCAUGCUACGUGCUUAAAGUGAUUAAACUGCCAAUCACAAACCCGUUCGAGAAAGAAGCAAACUUCAGGGUGAUGCUGGUGGAGAUGGCGGUCAACCCGCUGGAAUCGGAAAAGGAAAUGGAGAGUCUCAUUCAACAGGCGUCUUCCAAAGCCAAGGAAUGGGAAGAUGGGAAGAUGACUUCAGAGAUGAGCUGUCAGGAGGAGAUGGAAGAUGAUGACGGCCGGGAGUUCCUCAGCACAGCGAGCAGCCUUAGUCUGAAACCGGGCCAGUCAGACAUUAUUAGCGUCCACUUCCUUCCUUUCUGUCCAGGAACUAAAUACUGUGCUGUGUUGCUUGUUUGCCCGGAGUUGGGUGAUGUGGUCUACUUGGUGAAGGCAACGGCGGACUUGCCUCUACCUUCGCUUUUUAUCGUUAAGCCCAGUGCAAACAUCUUCAACAUCCCCGGGAACUCUGCAAACGCGGAUGGUUGCGUGUCAGUGCUGCGCCUGCGCUGCACCGUGGGCCAGAUGUGUGACGAGGUCAUUGGUCUGCCCCUGACCAAUAUGGCCUGGGAAAACGGCCUGGCUAUGUGGGCGCAGCACAGGAUGAGCUCCACUGAAUUUCAGAGGCGGAUGCUGACGUACACUUUGCACAGCAGCACAGUGAGGACUAGCAUGGCGGCGUGUAUGCUUUCCAAAAAGCAGGUCCAACUGAGGGGUGUUGACCACAGUAAAGGCAUCCAGUACAAUGUGGAGGUUUCGUUGCCUCUGUACUUCAGUGUACCCAACACUGUUACAAUCCCUCUGAAGAAAGAUGUCAACAUAUGGAAGAAUCCUACAGAUCAGGAAUGUGUGAAACUCCCCCUACGCUUCAGAGCGGACUGUGUCGGCCAGUUUACAUGUAAGAUGGUUCUGAGGUCCUGCUUUGAUACCAGAGUCUACCUGAUGGAGGCGCUGGUUGCUUCACCGGGAGGAUCUGUCCACCUGGACUUUAGUUCACCUGCUCAGCAUUCAGUCACACAAGACAUACCUCUGCACAAUGAGACACUCCAAGACUGGAUGCUGCAUGCUGAGUUGAGCGGUAAAGACUUCCAUGGCCCCGAGGUUUUGAUUGUACCGGCGGGGACUAGAACAUGUUACCCUCUGACUUUUCAUCCCACCUCACAAUGCGUCGUCAUGGGCAAGCUGUCCUUGCAUAAUGACCGCAACGGGAUUGAGCAAGUGUUUACCCUUCGAGGGGUGGGCGAGCGCCCUCUGCCCGUGGAUCAUGUGGUACUGCACUGCCCCGUGGGCAAGACCACCAUGGUGGAACUCAGUGUCCCCAACUACAGUCAAACGAAACGGUCACUUCAGGUAGUUACAGACCUAUCAGUCGUAAGUGGCAAUUCAUCCCUGGAGGUUGAACCUGGCCAAAGCAGCGUGUACAUCAUGGCGGUGUCACCACGGAAACAAGGACAGCAAUCAGGUUGCGUAUCAUUCAUUGAGGGUGAUGAUAAGUCAGACGGUGACAAAGGUGAUGUCGUCGGACGCUAUGAGGUGUUCUACACGCUGGAGAUCCUUUGUGAACCUGCAACACCUGUGAGCACCUUCACUGUGCAAUGCACUGUUCAUAGGUCAGUCGUCAUAGAGAUCCCCGUCACAAACCCAGGAAAAGAACUGCUCAUUCUAAGCGUAGCCCUGGAAGGAGACAACUUGCAAGGACCCGACUGGGUUUCGGUGCCGCCGCAGGAGACCCUCGCCUACAAAGUCACGUUUUCUCCCGGCAAAAUAGGGAAGAGCACAGGCAGCGUGAUAUUCCAGUCGGAGUCAAGCGGAGAGUUUUGGUACCAGCUGGAGUUCUAUGCCAUUCCCUCCCCAGUUGUUACGCUACCACAAGUCUGCUGUCAGUUGGGCAAAUGGACCAGACAGUCCAUUCCGGUGGUCAACCCAACGGCAGAGAAGGUGGAGCUGAUGGUAACCAACAGUAACCCCAGGAACUAUACGCUGGAAAUGGACUCAGGAAAUACUCUUAUUGUGGGGCCCCACUCCGCCACUCAGCUCGGGGUCCGUUUCACUCCAUCAUCCAUAGGACAGGGUAACCACGUCGCCAAGAUAACGUUCACGUGCCCUCAGAUGCAAGAAUGGUGCAUGUUGUUGUUUGGCUGCGGUCUCAUGCCGAGCCGGGAGGAACCUGUGAGCAUUUCCUGCAUUGUUGGUUCCAGCGAGUCCAUCACUAUUCCCUUCAGAAACCCCACCCAGGACGUGGCGACGCUUCGCAUCACGCUCACAGAAAAGGAUCCAAGCGGGGCGCCUGACUGCUGCCCAGUGACUCCUGACAAGGGCGUGUUCUCUCUGUCUUUAAGCCAAGCUGAAGGUGUACAGAUCAGCGGCGGGGACUGUCUGGAUGUGCCGGUGGUGUUUGCGCCCAAGUCCAUGGACCCCCAACAAGCCUGGCUGUGCAUCACGAUGAAGCCCCUCCAUGUCCCGACAAGCAAGAAACGGUCAGGGCAGAAGCUGUCGACCAUCUGUUGGAUCUAUCCUCUCUGCGGGAUUCCUGUGAAAACGUUUGAUGACAACUCACCGCUCUGCGUGCUGCAGUGUGAAGCGGGCUGCCAGCUGGAGAAGACGCUUGAUGUGCUGCUCACUGGAUGCAUGCCCGGAGUGCAGAGUUCAAGUGGAAAUGAAGUGCUUGUCGAAGACUUCCAAUGUGAGGUGCGUACAGACAGCGAAGACGACUGCCUGACGACCUCCAUCGAAGCAGGGCGGAGGGAUCCCAAGACUGGUGUCGUAACGCUCACCUUGAGGCUGAUCCACAACCCGGUCAAGAAAACCAGGUACUCUGCAGACCUGGUGGUCCAGCAUGUGUCUGGACACAUUUGGGAGUUUCCCAUCCACGUGAUCGCCAACGAGCCUCAUGUUGAUGAUGUCAUCGACACGGAAACCACUGAGUUUGGUAAAACGUCAGCAGUAGGCUUCUACCUUACCAGCACCACCAGACGGCCUGAGCCGUUCGUGGCAACAUUCCAGCCAGGCAGCAGCAAUGAGUUCACUGUGACCCCCGCCUCGGGAAUGUUGCCGCCUGUUGAUUCGAGCGGUGCCCUCAUCAAUGUGUUCUUCACCCCCAACGUCGCCAAUAAGAGACACAACGCCAGACUUAGCAUCAAGGCGUCAGGCAUGCAGUGGACGUAUUACAUCAUUGGCACAACCCCGCCCCUCAGUGUCUCACCUGCCAAUGUUAGCCGUCCGGUACGAACGCCCGGUGGACGUCAGACCAACUUUGUAGCAAGGAAUCUGCGAGUCCCGGCGCUGGCCAAUUCAGCUCCACUGAAAGCCCGCAAAUAAUUCAUCUCUUGAUUCCGACAUAGCUCAUCAGGACGCCAAAUCGACCGAUUCAAGCAGGUUUUUUUGCUCCUCUGGGGACUGCUAUGUUAUGCUGGUAUCAGUAUACACAUGCUAUGUAGCCAUGUAACUGGAAAACACUCAUCAGUUAAAAUGAAACGUCCUCUAACUUAACCCCGGUCACUUCUGACCUGUUGUGUUGGGUAUCAUUUGGUGUAGAAUAAUAUGCCUUUAUUAUUAUUAUUAUAUUUAUUUUCAUAGCUUAAAACAAGCUAAUAUGCUUGUUUUACCAGAACAUGAACAAAAAGCUGGUAUCCACAACUCAUCUUUUCUAUUUCACAAUGCAUUUAUUUCUAGGCUUUUUACAUUAUUCAUUAUGCAGGUUUGCCUGCCUCUGCUGGGUCCCUCCAGCCGCAUCUGCUGCCUUCUGAAGCGCAGAUGCAGUCGACUUCGUCUUCUGUGCCCUCGGCAUCCCGGAGAAGAGACAAAAUGCCGACAGUCGUGCGUCAGCUUGGCACCACCGCUGAAAUCAGUGUGCUGAAUUUUAUUCUUGUCAAACUACGACUGAUUUUUUCCAUUUUAGUGUUGUUUUUUUUUUUUUUUUAGAAAACUCCCAACUUUUUCAACUUCAUUCUUGGAAAUUUUGUUUUCUUAAUAUGAUAAUGUUUUCGCCAACCUAAUUUUCCCAAAAAGUAUUUUUUUUUUUCAUAUUACGACUUUUCUCUAGUAUUUUUUUUAUUAUUUCAACUUUAUGCUACUAUAGUGACUUUCAU